AUGUCGGUUCACGUCAUGCCCCGUUCUCUGCCCGAGGACAACAACAGCACCAUCAUGGUCGUGACCGUCAGUGCUGGUCUCAUGGUCAUCGUUAUGGGCAUCAUCGGAUAUGUCGUCUUUGUCGCGAAGCCUCGCCCCGUCCGCAACAACGACAACGCCAACGUUGGCGGCCCUGCUCGCAACAAUGGCCGUCCCGCUCGCACCGAUGGCCCCGUUCGCACUCUCCACUACACCAACGGGUCUUGGGAGCGUUUCCCCCAGGCUCCCAUCCGCGAGGGUUUUGCUAUCCAGUACCUUCGCUGGAUCCUUGAGCGUGCCCGCGCUGUCACCGGCCGUGACCGCGCCCCUGACAACGAGGCCCAGGGCAAUGGUGAGAACCAGGACGCCGGUGCUCAGCAGCAGAUCGCCAACGGCCGUGGCCAGGGUCACGACGGUCCUCGCCCUGCCACCGCCUAG